CGGGAGGUGGAUGAUGCAGAAGUGCAGAUUCGGAUUCGGGAUGGGAGUGAAAGAGAGGGUCAGAAAUGCACACAAGAUAUGUCGGAUGGGGUAGACCAACCAACGAGCAGUUGAACACAACACCACCAGCUCACGGGGCUUUCCGUGACCAUUCAUCUAUGUCCCCGUUACAGAAACUAGGAUGAUGAGGCACAGUUCCGGCUCGCCUCGAGGAGUUCACCCAGGUCACCUGCACGGGAUCCAUGCGGUUUGUCUGGGCCAUGGCUGGAGAACGGCCGGUGCACAGCCGACACCAAAUGUUGUUCAGAUCACACGAUGCAAUCGACGGUGGGCCUCUUUUCGAGGCUUGUGUCGAAUCUGGAUCACUUCAAUCCCCUCCCGCUUGGCACCACUAUUGGUCACUCCUGGGGUCCUUUGGUAUAUCGCUGACCUUUCGAGGAUUGGAUUCCCCGCAACAUUAUUCACGACGGAGAAAUCCGUACUAUAGAGCAUGCUGUCACACAACGUGGAAUAUGACCUCGGACUAGGGCUGGAUCUAUCUGUUAACGUCUUCCU